GUGCUGUCGACUGUAUACUAGACUGUGAAUGGGUCUAUGGGUAGUAUAGGUUGAAUAUUGGAUAUAUCUUUAUUUUUGCAAAGUUGCAAGUUUUCAGUGAAUGCAAGGGUGUCUCUAUUCAUGAAUUUGUUGAGGAUUUGAUAUUUUUUAUCUUAUCGCAUUGUCAAUAAGUGCUGAAGGCCAUCUUCUAACCUUGAUUUACUCUGCACAUUAUACUGUUCUACUCUAUUUAACAGACUACCAAACUGAGUUAAGAGUUUAUCAGUAGCAAACAUUCAUUAGUGGAUAAAAUAUUUCACUUUUGAUUAGACAGGUGUUUUACCUGUGGAUUUGCAAUCAAGUGUCGUGAAGUGAGGGUGUGUUAUAAUACAUUACCUAGUGCAACUUUAUUGUACGUUUAAUUCCUAAAAUGGAGGUGGAAGUUGAGCAGGUUCAGGCUUCAGGUGUGAAUGGGGACGCUCCGGAGAGCGAGAGACAACAGCCAGAUGGAUUGCUGCAGUCGGACCAGGCCGAGCUGGGUGAGCGGGUGACCCACCUUGAGAGACGUGUUCGUGAACAAGAGAAUGAGAUUGUCUGCCUCAAGGGAGCCCUAGCAGAUGUCUUGAGGAGGCUAGGACAUGUUGAAACUUCCAAAACCCAAAACAGUAUUCUGCCCUCCAGACCAUUCAACAAGGGGGCAACAAGGCGGACAAUGGGUGGGUUGGAGCGACCAAAGUCCCAGGUGAUCGAAAGCGCAAACUUCACUGGCCGUACUCCGGCUUCACCACGACAAACCCCUCGAGGGGCCUCAGCAUCCACCAUGAAGAAAUGGGGCUCAACAGAGGAGACUCGUGUUGGAAAGACUCCGCGACCAAACAGUGCUCAGCUUACACAAUCCAAACGUAGCACUUCACACGGAACGUUGCCUAUCAAACCAGCUUUAACCAAUCGAAUGAUUCCACGGGCUAAAGUCAUCAAAGAGCCAACGUGGAAUUCAGAGGAUAAGUAUGUUCGGAUGCACCUGAAGGGUCGGCCUGUGCCACUGUACGCCCCGUCAAACAUCGAAGACGAGGGCAGUUAUGACGUCAAGGCGCCCCAGGACCCCCCAAGUCAGAAGCUGAAACUGGAGUGGGUGUAUGGUUACCGGGGGCGUGACUGCAGGUCCAACCUGUACACAAUAGCGACAGGAGAGGUCGUCUACUUCUCCGCUGCUGUUGUCGUCCUUCACAACCUGGAGGAGCAGUCCCAGCGACACUACCUAGAACACACUGACGACAUCAAGUGCUUGGCAGUUCAUCCCGACCAGGUGAAGAUUGCGACAGGCCAGGUUGCUGGACAUGAGAAGAAGGAGGGAAAGACAAUAAAUGGCCCAGCAGGUCGUAAGCCUCAUGUGCGCGUGUGGGAGAGCAUCAACCUGACGACACUGCACGUGUUAGGGGAGGGCGAUCUCUCCAGGGGCGUCUGCUGUGUCUCCUUCUCGCCGGUAAAUGGACACCAUCUGCUUGGGGUUGACGAGGGUAACGACCACAAGAUGUGCAUCUGGGAUGUCAGCAGCGACAAAAAACACCACAAGAUUAUCGAUUGCAAGACGUCUGGUGACCCAGUGACACAGUGUGAGUUCCACCCGAAGGAUGAGAACAGCAUUGUAUGUUGCGGCAAGUCGCAGAUUACCUUCUGGACACUUGAAGACAAGAAACUUGACAAGAAGGCAGGAAUUUUCCAGAAACAUGAGAAAGCAAAGGUGAUCAUCUGUUUCUGUUUCACGGAGAAUGGAGAUGUUGUGUCAGGAGAUUCAAGCGGCAACAUUUACAUGUGGGAGAAGGGCUCCAACAAGAUCAGCAAGGCGAUACAGAAUGCCCACGAGGGCGGCGUGUUCAGUCUGUGGGCCUCCCGGGAUGGCUCUAUCCUGUCUGGGGGAGGCAAGGAUCGCAAAAUCAUACAGUGGGACGCAGACUUCCAGAAAACUGGUGUGCAAAAUGAAAUUCCGGAGUACUAUGGUGCAGUGCGUAUGAUAAGCCAGGGACCAGGCAACAUGAUUCUUGUGGGAACCAUCCGUAACUGCAUUCUGCAGGGUAACAUGGACUUAGACUUCACCCCUGUAGUGGAGGGUCACAAGGAGGAGCUAUGGGGUCUGGACGGGAGUGUUAGCCGACACCAGUUCAUCACAUGCGGAUAUGACAGGCACAUCUACCUCUGGGAUGCACAGUCCCACUCUGUCGUAUGGAGGAAGGAGAUUGGGGAGCCUGCCCACUGCUGCUGCAUCCACCCGAGCCUCGAAGUCGCAGCAAUCGGUCUGCAGACAGGCAAGUGGAUCGUGAUUGACCUGAACACCCACGACACCAUCCAUGUCUGUAAUGAUGGAAAGGAACAGGAGGAGUGCAUACAGUUCUCUCCAGAUGGCAAGAUGUUGGCUGUUGGUAACCGUGACAACUUCAUCUACGUGUACGAGGUGAAUGAGGAUGGUACCAAGUACAAGAAAGUCGGCAGGUGCUCUGGCCACAGCUCAUACGUGACUCACAUUGACUGGUCGGAGGAUGGCGAGAUUAUUCGCAGUAACUCUGGCGACUAUGAGGUCCUCUACUGGACGGCAAAGACGUGCAAGCAAGAGACGAACAAGGAUGACGUGCGUGACAGGACCUGGGCAACACAGAACUGUACUCUCUCGUUUGACUGCAUAGGUGUUUGGCCAGAUGAAGCUGACGGCACGGACGUGAACAACUGCUCCAUCUCACAUGACAAGAAGCUGCUUGUCAGUGCCGACGACUACGGCAAGGUGAACCUGUAUGAAUACCCAUCCAGACAACCAAGGGCAACUGGCCACUCUUAUCCGGGACACAGCAGUCAUGUGACCAUGGCCAAGUUCCUGUUUGACAACUCGCGUGUAAUCAGCACAGGGGGACGUGACACAACCAUCAUGCAGUGGGAGGUCAUUGCCUAGAUGACACUGCCAUGGCAACAGGGAGGUCAUGUUACUGCUGCAUGAUGAAAUCAGGUCAUAAUGCAGGUGUAUGUAUACAUGUACAGUCUGUAUCUCUAUGACUGUGCCACUCUGUGUCGAAGUGGUGCACAGAAUAAACAUUUUGUUGUUUGCAAUAUUAACGAAGAAGACUGUUUUCCUCAUACUUGUUAAAUAUUGUUAAUACUUGCAACUUUCUGUUACUAUUUACCUAUUGUUAUUCUCUGUAUAUUUUAAUAAUAAAAGGCGUGAACUAUUUUUAUAUUCAAAGUUGGUAAAUUUCUAUGUUAUUAAUAUUUCUUUUGUAUAUUUUAGUAUAGAGUUGACAUGACAAUAAGUAAUAAGGCAUUUGCUACCAGUCUUCAAGUUUUAUGUGAUUAAUAAACAAAUGGUUUAUACCACUACAGUUGAUACUAUGACUUAUAGAGAAAGCAUUUCUGAGUUCAAAGUAAACAUCAUUAAUAAAUAACAUAAUUGGUUGUGAUAUGAACGAAAUGAUUGUAAUACAUACAAAUUUGUACUCUUUUUACAUACUUAUAAUGUAUAUUCAUAAUAAUAUUAUGUUUCAUAUUUGUUGUAAUUUCUAACUGUAUUUUUUUGUGUACAAUACUAGGAAUAAAAUUCUUUGAAAUUG